CAAGUACAUGGGGGAACACAAGUCUAUAUAUAAACAAUACCCAAAAGACAAAUGUUGAAAUCAACAUCCCGGAAAUUGGUCACAAUUACGUCAAAGGUCACACGAAAUAUUUUUUGGAACUAACUCGUUUGAAAGGUUUCACUCGCAUAUGGCAUGGACUCAGGACAAAUUUCAGGCGAAAAGAAGAAAAGUCCUCCUAUCAAAGUUCUUUCCAGCCAACUCCGAGAGGGAAAAGAAAGCCGAUUGAAUGGCAAGCUCGAAUUUAAUAUAAAAAGACUGGGACAAUUGAAAAAUACUGCACUUGUAGUCUCUGUGGUUUGGAUGCAAGGGACAAUACUGGAAGUUAGGUCCGAUCACAACACGGUUCUUCUUUUGGAUGAGACGGGGACAUUCGUUGUCAAUGGCGUCAACAACAUUCCCAAGGGUAACCCAUGCCUACUUCAGGGUACUUAUGUCAUGGUGAUGGGGAUGAUCCAGGCCCUCUCUCCAGAACCUGUCCUUCGCGCGGUAAAGAUGGCUGACCUUUCUGAACGUGCUGCGAUUCACAGAAAAAUGUGGAAGUUGGAGGUGGAAGACCUUCAGCAAACACUCACGUAGAAAGAAGCAUAAGCAGUAUGUUGAUAUCAAUGCCUGUUUGUUUUCAUUUAUUUUUAUCAAAAUGUAAAUAUUGCUACUGGUUUUGAGCGGUGUCUAUAUUUCAUUGCCAAAGGUAAUGGAUCAUAGCCUAGAAGUACGUGCCCAUCACCGUUUAUGAUAGAAAGUGCAUUAUAUGCAUAUAUUAUAGCCUAACACUGUUUAUGAUAGGCUAUAAUUAAGCAAUAAGGCACUAGGGGGUCUGGCAUAUGGUCAAUAUACCAUGGCUAAGUAUACUGUCAGCAUUCAGUGCUCGAACCACCCAGUUUAUAAUAUAUGCAUAUAAUACACUAAACAUGUCAGAAGAGCUGGAGGAGGAUUAUGAUUGGAAAAAAGCUAGUCCGGGAAAGAAAGCACAAACUCAAACAAAAGACAAAGAAUUUAAAUUAAAGAAUGAACAAUGAUCUCAUUUGGUGGUAAAAUUAUCUCUUUUAUUUGUGCUUAUGUCAUGCAUACACAUUGAAAAAGUGCCAUUAAGUGAAUUCUACAGAAGCACACAAUUGUAUGUGAUGAAUGAAAAUAAAUGGGGCCUAUACAAUCAAUGACACCCUUGUAAAACCAUGGACUUAGGAACGCUCCAAGGUGCCUGGAUUUCAAUCAAAACAUCCGGAAAUAAGACUUCUUCCGCAGGAUAACCACUCAUUCAUUCAUCCUAAAAGCAUUUAGGCCAAAGACAACAUAUCUAUAUAUCUCUCUCUUGAAAAAAAAGAAGCAAUUUACGCACCAUAAAAGUAUUUAAUAAUUGAAAAUUAAUCUUGAUAUGUAAUAGUCUGUUAGGUUUAUGUACUCUUGUUUGUAUAUUUCUGGGUUGCUUUUGUAUUUGUUGUGUUCAUAAUAAAAUACUUUGACAGUA